CAUAUCAGUACUUCAUAGGAAUAGGAACACGCAACAUACAGUUGCCCCUAAAAUACAAAUUAAUUUAGGUAGAAUUUUCUAUUUUUUAGUGCUGAGGAAAAAUGGGCACGUCCAUCAAGAUUCCGAAGGAGUUGGAGUCGCUGCUGAGCUGUGGCCUGUGCCAUCGUCCCUACAACAUGGACACCCGUGUGCUGCCCAAGGAGCUGGUGUGCCAGCACAGCUUCUGCGAGGAGUGCCUGGCCAGGAGCGCCAUCGCCAACGCGACGGAGUGCAUCUGCCGGCUGUGCGGUGUCGUCACCCAGUUGUGUGGCCAGAAGUUGCCCGAACCCAGGGCCAUCAUGUACCUGCUGGGUGAGCUGCCCGCUUUGGUUUUGGGCAGGGCCAUGUUAGAUUUCUCCAAGGGAAACGGCAGCCCCAUCGAAGUGCCCAACGAAGAGCCCGACUCCCACUCGGAGAACUGGUUGGACAAGAUCUGUGUGGACAGGUUCCUGGCCUCCUGCGCCGAACACUGUUUCAUUCACGCCAUGCCCAACUCCACUUGGUGUCACAACUGCCAGCGUUUGCUGUGCCGCGCCUGCUCGGAUGCUUCGACUCACCUGGAGCAUCGCCUGGUCCGCCAUGUGGACUACCACGACCUGCUGCGCCAGCUACUUGCCUCGGAGCUGGCCAAGAUCAAGCGCACUGCUGGCCAGGCCACCGAACUGGCCACCCGCGAGAUGGACUUGCUGCACCAAAUGUGCGAGGCCAGCUUCCACGUCCAGUUGCAUGUGAAGCGCCUGAUUCUGGAGCACCAGCCCAGCAUGGUGUCCACCACGAUGACGGGUUGGCAGCGGCGCGCCGAGCAGGAUCUGAAUCGAUCCGCCGGCAAUCUCACGGGUGCCGAUAUGGUGCAGCUGCUCGCUCAGCUGGCAAGCCAGCGGCGUAAGUUUGAUGGCCAGCUAGUGGAGGUGCACUUCCAGUGCAGAAUGCGGGCCGCAGUCCAGGAGAACGGCAUGCAGAUCCUGGAUUUCGAGCACCUGAACGACAGAAUCCUGCGGCUGCGCAAUCAACCCCGUCCGGGUCCCAUACCCGCCAGUGUGGGUCCGCCCCAGGCGCUCAUCCUCACCAAUUACUGUGUGUUCGCCUACUGGAACGAGGUGCAGCGCCAAAUAAUUCCUCCGCCCUCCAUAACUCCGCCGCCGGAGCCAGAGUUGUUGCCACUAGCGGUGGUGCCUCCGCAUUUCAAUCACCGCCGGCAGGAGGCAGAGGUUAGGCAGCACAUGCAGCACAUGCAGCAGGCGGAACGGGAUCAGGAACGAGAAUGGCUACGACACCACGGCUUCUUCGCGUACACUCGAGCUUUGGGCCCGGAGGAAGAUUCACCUGGCUCGUCCUUCUCGCAGAGCAGCAUCAAUAGCACCAGCCAGGGCAGCAUCAAUAGCUACGGCCAGAGCAGCAACAAUAGCACCAGCCAGAGCAGCAACAAUAGCACCAGCCAAAGCAGCAUCAUCUCGGCGCCGCAGUUGACCACAUAUGUUCUGGUUCCGGGACAGCUUGGCUUGGUGCAGGAUUUCAAUGAAAUGAUGAGGCAAGGGCAGUACGAUCAACAGGCGCAGCUCCGGAUGCAGGAACAGCAACAGCAGCAGCCGCAUGUACAGCAACCAGGAUUCCGGACACCGACUCCCUGGAAGAUUUUUGAGGAACGCUUGCAGGAGCAUCCCAGUUCCCCGGUAAGCAUUCUUCGCCAGCCCUCCGCUUACUGUUACCCCAUCUAUUUUCUGGACAUGGAAAUAGCAGGAGAACUGGCCGGACGGGUACUAGUCGAGGUGAGAUCGGAUGCUGCCCCCCGGAUGGCGGAGAACUUUGGGGCGCUGGUGCGGCACGACCGUGGCUACGGCUAUCGGGGCUGUGCGGUUUUCCAGGCCUGGGGAGGCGAGAGCAUCAUUAGCGGCGACUUCGAGUCGCAAAACGGACGCGGGGGACACUCGGCCUUCGAGAACAGAUACUUCAUGCCGGAUGAAACUGGAUUGCCGGCCCAGCGGGGAACGGUUGGCAUGCGAAGGGGACAGCGGCGACAGGACAAAAGUGGAUUCGUGGGCAGCCAGUUCCGGAUGGUGCUCAACGAGAUGCGCUCCUUUACGGCCAUCUUCGGUCACAUAGUGCAAGGCAUCGAGUUGGUGGAUAAGAUUGCCGCCAGUGGCAAUGCCUUGGGACGACCGUCGCUCAGGAGCUUCAUCCGGAAUUGUGGCGAAUACCAUUUAAACCGAUCACAAGCGGACUGAUCCACUUGCCAAAUCCUCUUUGAAAUCCAACGAACACUAAGCAACUCGAAGUACCCACACACUUUAAACGUAAUGUACAACCCUCUCUGAUAUCGAUAUAAUAAUUCUUGGUAUACAAAUCUACUAAUCUUGCUACGAAUUUUUGUAGAAAUAAACACACGCUCGGAA